AUGACCGAUGAGUUUUGUCUCUUCAGGCUGAUCGUGCUCAUUGCAGGACUGGGCUCCUGCUAUGCAGCUGUUGUCGACCAGAAGGAGUGUGAGGCUGAAGGCAUCCGAUGCCAUUCUCAGGCUGACUGCAUAAAGAUUAGGACCAACUUCACGUGUGUGUGCCGGACAGGCUUUCAGGGUGACGGCCUGCUCUGCACUGACAUCGAUGAAUGUCUGAGUCUCCUCCAUAACUGUGACUCAAAGGCCCGCUGCAACAACACCCAAGGCAGUUACAUCUGCAUUUGUCUCAGUGGAUACGUUGGCGAUGGAAAAAGUUGCCAGGACAUUAAUGAGUGUCUAACAGCAAAUGGUGACUGCGACCCCACUGCCAUCUGUACAAACACAGAUGGAGGGAGGCAGUGUCAGUGUAGCACAGGUUUUGUCGGUGACGGUUUUAAGUGCACUGAUAUCAAUGAAUGUUCAAACCAACGAAUCUGCCACUGGAACGCCACCUGCACCAACAACCCUGGCUCUUAUGUGUGCACUUGUAAUUCUGGCUACAAAGGAAAUGGAAAAUACCUAUGUUUAGACAUUGAUGAGUGUACUGAGAACCCUCAUGUAUGUUCUUCUUCAUUAGGUUAUAAGAGUUGUACAAACCUGCCUGGCUCUUACUAUUGUACCUGCAACACUGGCUUCCAAAGUAACGGACAGAGCUGUUCAGACAUUGAUGAGUGUGCAACUAACAUCUGUAGCCCUUAUGCAGAUUGUAAAAACACCAUUGGAUCCUACCAAUGCACCUGUAGAAGCGGGUUUGUAGGAAAUGGGUUGACAUGUGUGGAUAUAAAUGAAUGCAUCGCAGGCAAUCAAUGUGACCCCAAGGCACUUUGUAUCAACAGGUUGGGCAGUUACGAGUGCUCCUGCCUAGAAGGUUACCUUGGAGAUGGGCGACAGUGUUUGGACAUUAAUGAGUGUGCUCAGUCAAACAUGUGUCCAUCUACUACCACAUGUGUCAACACUAAUGGGUCAUACAAGUGUGACUGUGGCAGCGGCUUCAUCUUCAAUAACUCCAGGUGCACUGAUAUUGAUGAAUGUCAAUCAGGCAGCUGCAGUCCUAACGCAAACUGCACAAACUCCCCUGGUUCUUUUUCUUGUCAGUGCUUGACGGGUUACAGUGGAGAUGGUUUCACCUGCAUGGAUAUUAAUGAAUGCUCUCUAAUUUCCCGGUGCCACUCCAAUGCUGUUUGCAGUAAUCUGCCUGGCUCAUACAGCUGCACCUGUAAGGUGGGGUAUUUUGGGAACGGAUAUGUCCAGUGCUAUGAUGUGAAUGAGUGUUCUGUGGCUAAUGGGGGUUGCAGCAACAGAGCAACAUGCAUCAACUCUCAAGGUUCUUUCAGUUGCCAGUGCCCAUCAGGUUUUGACUUGAUUAAUAAGACAAUUUGCCAAGAUAAAAAUGAGUGUAAGGAAUUGGCUAAUCCGUGUGGAGUAAAUGAAGUGUGUAAAAACACUGAUGGAUCCUAUGAGUGCCCUUGCCAGACUGGGUAUUACCGCCCUGCGAGCAGCAUGGCCUGUGUUGAUAAGGAUGAGUGUCAGGACAAACCAUGCCACAUCAACGCCACCUGUCUUAACACCAUUGGAUCAUAUACCUGUACAUGUAAGAGAGGAUUUACUGGAAAUGGCACUCAGUGUUUGGAUAUAAAUGAGUGUGCUAAGGAGGGCACAUGCCAUGCCAGGGCCAUAUGCACUAACUUUAUAGGGGACUUCUCCUUGAGGGUCUGUGCCACCGCUCACCUUCUGGAUACCAAUGUGUUUGUGAUGUGGGCUAUACUGGCGAUGGACUGA